CAUAAUUGCGCAAGCAAAUUUGUUGUGCUUAAUGUGUAACACAUGUAAGUUUGUAGGAUAAUACUCUUAACUACUGUAAUGUCUGUCUUCGGCCAAAAAUUUCAUAUUUAAGUGUUCAGUUUUCACUUUGGUGAAAUUUUAUAUUCAAACAUGUUGAAAGAAGGGAUUUCCUUUGUUGUUUGUUCUUCUAGGAAAUACCCACUGCACUUACACUUUAUUUUGUCUUUGUAUUUUGAAGAGUGUGAGUUUGCAUUAAUUGAUAACAUGGUGGAUCACAAAACUUGUGGAUCCAGCAUGAGUUGCAUAUCAUAAAAUCCAUGUUUUGUGUGUGUGUUGUGUGUGCACGCAGUUGUCAGCAUCAUGAAAUACCAUUCUCCUCAAAUAGCACAGUCUUAAAUACCACAGUCCUGUUCUGUUCCAUUUUCUCCAAGAAUAAAGAAAAUGAUGUUUAUGUGAUACAUUUAAUUUUUACAUUAAGUGCCUAAAUACAGGCAUUAUAUCAGGAAUUGCUCGAUUUCUGCCUAUCUUACAAUUUACAUUGCUUGUGUUUGAGCAGUUUCAAAGGAUUAGGAGCCUCUGCUCUGGCAGAAGCACUGAAGUAAAAGCUAAGAAAUACAUUUCUGAGCUCAUAAGUAAAUUGAUUCAGGGCCUAACCCUUUGCUAUUCACAAGCACAUACAAAUGCAUCUAUUGUAUAAGUGAGGAAAAGCUGUAUGCUAAUUGAGCAUGAGUUUUAAGUCCUUGAAAAAUACCAGUAUAGUUAAAAAAAUGCUCUGCAUAUAAACUUUGAAUUUGUUAUUAUACUUUUUAUUGCUGUAUUUUACUUAAUUUCCCUUGUGUGCUGUGAAUAACUCAAGAAGAGUAGUUGCUUCUGGGGUUCUUAUUUGAUUUAUUUGACUAAACAUUACCUAAGUAUAUUUGAGAUUGCUAUAAAUGGGUGAAAGUAAGGUCUACUGAAUCAUACCAAAAUGUAUUUUGGGUUUUUUUAGGCUUUCAGGUUCCACAAAUUGAGAAUAUGUUCUUCAUUUUCAUAGAAAGUUUAUGAAAUUCACAAUAUUAUUUCUAAAUCAAAAGUGUUAUGUUCUUGUGCUAAUGAUGCUAUAAGGAAAAGUAAAGUUUCUUUCUGCUUAAAAGCAUUAGUUAGUGGAUAUUUCUACCUGUGUUAAAAACUGAUUUCACAUUGGCUUUUGUGUUCCCUCCUUCCCCUUUGUUCUGCACCAUCUUUUCUGUUUUUUUGUUUGUCACCAGUACUCCUAAGUUACUUACUGAACAAUAGAGCAUCAGCUUAUAUAAAACAGUUGCCCUUGCUGUUAGCAAGGACUCUUGAAGAUACAUUGGAUUAAACCAGACUGUACUUUUCUCUAGCAGUAUGAUAGUAAGCAAGUUUGCUUUUACUCACAUGAAGGCUUCCAUUUCUUUCCUCUGGAGCUUAUCUUCUUCCUGAGGAAGUAGGUUAGGGUGCCAUGGAAGCUUAUGCUGAGAUACUGAGAUCACUGAAUGAUAUUUAUAAUUUUUUUCCAGCUUAAAACCUCCCCCCACUUCCUAGCUAGCUACAAAGAAGGCUGCAGAAUAAAUGCUCGUAGGUGUAUGGACAUAUGCCCAGUAAAUACUACCAUAAAAAAAAAAAUGGAGAAGGCCUGAGCUGGAGUCUGGAAAAGAGCCUAACUGCUUGCACAUCCUUUGGGUGCAGGAGUCCCACAUUUGGUAUUGCCACUACAUUGUCUUCCAAGCACAGCUGGAGCCACCUCUGAGCACUGCAAGUUUGAGCAGUAGACAGGAGCACCUCCUGGGUAGCAACAAGAACUGAAGAGGUGCUCUGCUGUCCAGGAGUACUGACUUAAUGGGGAAGUGUAACAGCGAUGACGGUAUUUUUUCCUUUGGAUACAGCUCGUCUUCGACUUCAAGUUGAUGAGAAAAGAAAGUCCAAAACUACCCAUAUGGUACUCCUGGAGAUCAUUAAAGAAGAAGGCCUCCUGGCACCAUAUCGUGGGUGGUUUCCAGUUAUCUCCAGCCUCUGCUGCUCCAAUUUUGUCUAUUUCUACACUUUUAAUAGCCUCAAAACAGUCUGGGUGAAAGGUCAGCGUUCUUCUACUGGAAAAGACCUGGUAGUUGGAUUUGUUGCAGGAGUGGUGAAUGUGUUGCUGACAACUCCACUCUGGGUGGUAAACACCAGGCUGAAGCUGCAGGGGGCAAAGUUCAGGAAUGAAGACAUUGUACCAACCAACUACAAAGGUAUUAUCGAUGCUUUUCACCAGAUCAUUCGCGAUGAAGGAAUCUUGGCCUUGUGGAAUGGCACGUUUCCCUCCUUGCUUUUGGUCUUUAAUCCUGCCAUCCAGUUCAUGUUCUACGAAGGUUUAAAGCGGCAGAUUUUAAAGAAACGACCGAAGCUCUCGUCUAUGGACGUGUUCGUCAUUGGUGCAAUAGCCAAAGCGAUUGCUACCACGGCCACCUACCCUAUGCAGACAGUGCAGUCGAUUCUGAGGUUUGGACGUCACAGACUAAAUCCAGAAAACAGAACACUGGGAAGUCUUCGGAAUGUUCUCUAUCUUCUUCAUCAACGUGUAAGGCGCUUUGGAAUUAUGGGACUCUACAAAGGCCUGGAAGCCAAACUGCUGCAGACAGUCCUCACCGCAGCCCUCAUGUUCCUUGUUUACGAGAAACUGACAGCGGCCACCUUUACAGUCAUGGGGCUGAAGAGGGCGCACAAGCACUGAGGCACUCGGGCUUCCUGAGUGGAGAGAUGUCGGGGAGGGGCUUCCUUCCCUGAGGAAACUCGACUCUUCCUCUUCCUCUUGCUCUUUGCACCUUGAGUUGUAACCCUCAUUGACUUGAAAUCCAGCUGAGGGUAAAUAGAUAGCCAGGCAGACCCUACAACAACUUCAUUUUUACGGUUGCUUGAAGUUUGUGGGUGAGGGGGAAAUUGGACAAACAGUCAAAAAACUUGAUUUGAAAACCUGAAAAUGAGUUUUAUGGGGGUUUCUUGGUCUCCGUAAGAGAAAAGGACUUUCAUCGUCAUGUAUAAUUUUUUUCCAGUUAGUCUUUCAUGAAUUUAAAAAUUGUUUUCUUUACAUGAAGCCCUCCUCCAGAUUCUGGGACAAAUUUAAUACAUGUAAUUUUUCUCAUAUGUCUCAAUCUGGGAAUUUUCCUCACUGAAAAUAAUAUUAUGACUGUGCCAUAGGCACAUUAUAAUCUUCUGCUUAAGGAAAGGUGUCUCCUUUAGUACACAAGCUAUUUAUUUUGUGGAAGAAAUGAAAAUUAAAUUAUUAAUGCCUAAAGAUGUUCUUACAGUGUAUUUGUAUGCAUCAUUUAUUAGUAUUUAAUGUCAUUCAAAGAUAAAUUUGAGUCAACCCUUUCA